AUGCCUGCUCCCUCAACCCUGUUUCACGCCCUCCUCCGCCCUUCGACCUUACAAAUCCUCCGCGCAACAGGGUACCACGGGACCAGCCCUGCUGUGCUGGACGCCGUGACGGACCUGGCGGCGCGGUACUUGACGAUGCUGUGCGAGAAGACUGCGUCGCACGCCCUACACAACCACGACGGCGAGGCGGGCGACUACACGGUUGCCGAGGUGCGGAUGGCUCUGGAGGAGGCGGGCGCGCUGUUGCCCGCCCGUCUGGAGGUAGAGCAGCAGUGGCGCGGGGAGGAGGACACCAGGGGCGUGGAUGAGUUCGUGGCCUGGUUCUCCGGUCCAAGGAUGAAGGAGAUUGCCGAAUUUGCUCACGGCGAUGGGGAGAAUGACGGGAUGGAUUAUCUGAAUGCGCUUAAAAAACGUCACAACAAGACUUCGGACGACUCGAAAUUCCAAGGAACAAUAUUGGGAAGACCGGCGGAAGCGGGAGGUAUUGAAAUCGAAGGAGGGGACGAGGAUGUCAAGAGUAUAUGGGAUUGGGUGCGAAAGAGGACAGGCGGCGGUGACGGCGAAUCGUCAAGAGAUCACCAGGACGUAGCCAACGGACAUGCGAGCAACGGUGUCGCUGUCAAGCGCUCGGCUUCAAUGAGCUCCGGCCUUAGCUCGGUUGGGGACAGGUUGAACGGUGACGGUCUCCAGGACAUGGAUCUGUCGUAG